UCCAGUUGUAAAGUCCACACACAAGGCAAAAAUGCGCUGAGGAUAAAUCAGCCUGGAGCUCGGUCGUUAACCAAAGAUUAUCCUACGGCGCUGAGACAAUUCAAGAAAAAACGCUCCGGAUAAGUUUUCAUUUCAGAAUAAAUCCGACAGAAGAUGAAUACCAACGAUGCCAAGGAGUAUCUUGCACGGCGGGAGAUACCUCAACUAUUUGAGAGCCUGCUGACAGGUUUGAUGUACUACCGACCCGAUGACCCCAUCGACUACCUGGAGGGCUGUCUGAAGAAAGUCAGGGACCUCGGAGGAACAGACAAGGUGCGGUGGGAUACCUUUGUGGGCCAGGAGAAGAAGCCUCUUCCCCCUCUCAACGGUGGCCAAUCACGCAGGUCCCUCUUCAGAAAUGUGUUGCCCGACAGUCCCAAUUUCCCCUACAGACGGUAUGACCGCCUCCCUCCCAUCAGCCAGUUUUCCAUCGAGAGCGACUCGGACCUGUCGGAGACGGCGGAGCUCAUAGAGGAGUACGAGGUGUUUGACCCAUCCAGACCGCGGCCCAAAGUCAUCCUCGUUAUCGGUGGCCCUGGCAGCGGCAAAGGAACACAGAGCCUGAAGAUUGCCGAGCGUUACGGCUUCCAGUAUGUUUCCGUGGGCGAGCUUCUGAGGAAGAAGAUGAUCCACAAUGCCACCAGCAACAGAAAGUGGAGCCUGAUCGCUAAAAUCAUCACCAACGGAGAGCUGGCACCACAGGAGACAACAAUAACUGAGAUCAAGCAGAAGAUCAUGAAGAUCCCAGAGGCUAAUGGUAUCGUCAUAGAUGGGUUCCCUCGUGACGUCGGACAGGCCUUGUCCUUUGAAGACCAGAUCUGCACUCCUGACCUGGUGGUGUUCCUGGCCUGCACCAACCACCGCUUGAAGGAGAGGCUGCAGAAGCGAGCCGAGCAGCAGGGACGACCAGAUGACAACCCCAAGGCCAUAGACCGCCGCCUGACCAACUUCAAACAAAACACCAUUCCUCUGGUCAAGUAUUUCCAGGAGAGGGGCCUCAUUGUCACGCUGGAUGCAGACCGAGAUGAAGAGGAGGUCUUCUGUGACAUCAGUAUGACUUUGGACAACAAGCUGUUUCCCUCCAAAGAGCCUGCUGCAGGCCCCAGUGAGCUGGAUCUUAGUCUACUGGGAGAAACCAGCAGCUUGGCAGAUGUUGCCUGCAAGUACGAUGAGGUUGAAGAGGAGGAAGAACUCUGUUAUGCUGAAGGAGCCGCAGAAAGUUAUUGUACAGAGCAGAAGAAACCAAAGGUUAUCUUCAUGAUGGGCGGUCCAGGCUCAGGGAAGACUCUGCAGUGUGAGCGGAUGGAGGAGAGGUUCGGUCUGCGUUGUGUUACCCUGGGUGACCUGCUGUGUAACGAGCUGCAGUCCCACAGUGACAGGGGGCGCCACCUGCGGGACGUCCUGGAGAGAGGAGAGCCUCUGCCUGAGGACACACUAAUGGAGCUGCUGUGUGAUGCGGUGGCGUCGUCGGUACAGCAGGGGAAAGGUCUUGUGAUCAGCGGUUUCCCCCGAGACCUGAGACAGGCGGAGGAGUACGAGGCCAAGAUGGGGGAUCCAAGCACAGUCCUCCUGCUGAAGUGCUCAACUGACACUAUGUGCAGUCGUCUGCAGUGCCGCGGGAGAUCCAGCUCCGGCUUCCAUCCCACAUCAGAUAGAGACCAGAACCAGAGGGCUGAGAGCUUUCGCAGUAACAACCAGCCGGUGGCAGUUUACUAUGAACACCGGAGGCUUCUGCACACAAUUGACGCAGAGAGGCCGCCGGAUAAAGUGUUCGCCCAGAUCUGCCAGGCGACGGAUUCCUGUUUGACCUUCUGAUUACUACAACCUCUGCACCGCCCCCACCCCGCCGCCCAAAAAAAACCUCCAAAACUCUGCUAUCCUGGAGGUCCCACCUGUAAAGACCCUCCCUCCGCCUCCUCUCUGCUGUAUCACUCUGAGGAGACUCUCCCUCAUAACCUACACGUGACAUACAGUACGCUCAUUGAACUCCAGUGGUAUGCAUGUCCCACCUCAUGUUUUUCAAACACACAGCAAUCAGUGAAACCUCUUUCUGCUUUUGACAAUGACGGAAGCGCCUGGUUGUCAUACUCUGCUUCAUCAACAUGCAUCACCUCUCUUUCUUUUUCUCUCUCUCUCUCUCUCUUUCUCUCUCUCUCUCUCUCUCUUUCUCUCACAUUGACCUCAAUAUAUGCUGCCAACUGCCGGACCGAGGCAGAUAACUGUACUGAGAAAAUAGCAUCCCCUGCUGUGAUUGAGAGCAUGUUUCUAGCUAAAUGUGGGGAGUAUCUCCAUUUCCCAGAGGAACCGAC